AUGCAGCGCGCUCUGUCUAACCGGGCUUCGGUCCUGUCGGCCGCUUCCAAGCGCGCCCCUUUCUAUCGCUCUGGACUGAACCUCCAGCAGCAGCGUUUUGCUCACAAGGAGCUCAAGUUCGGCGUCGAGGCUCGCGCCAACCUCCUCAAGGGUGUGGACACCCUGGCCAAGGCCGUUACUUCGACUCUCGGUCCCAAGGGUCGCAAUGUGCUGAUUGAGUCGCCGUACGGCUCUCCGAAGAUCACCAAGGAUGGUGUGACGGUCGCCCGGGCCAUCCAGCUUCAGGACAAGUUCGAGAACCUCGGUGCCCGCCUCCUCCAGGAUGUCGCCUCCAAGACCAACGAGGUCGCCGGUGAUGGUACCACCACCGCUACCGUCCUCGCCCGUGCCAUCUUCUCCGAGACCGUCAAGAACGUCGCGGCUGGCUGCAACCCUAUGGACCUGCGCCGUGGUAUCCAAGCUGCCGUCGAUGCCGUUGUUGACUACCUCCAACAGAACAAGCGUCCCAUCACCACCGGAGAGGAGAUCGCCCAGGUGGCCACCAUCUCCGCCAACGGCGACACCCACGUCGGUAAGCUCAUCUCCACCGCCAUGGAGAAGGUCGGCAAGGAGGGUGUCAUUACUGUGAAGGAGGGCAAGACUCUGGAGGACGAGCUGGAGGUUACUGAGGGCAUGCGUUUCGACCGCGGCUACACCUCCCCCUACUUCAUCACCGACCCCAAGUCCCAGAAGGUCGAGUUCGAGAAGCCCCUGAUCCUGCUUUCCGAGAAGAAGAUCUCCGCCGUUCAGGACAUCCUUCCCGCCCUGGAGGCCUCGACCACCCUGCGCCGCCCUCUGGUCAUCAUCGCCGAGGACAUUGAGGGUGAAGCUCUGGCUGUCUGCAUCCUGAACAAGCUGCGUGGCCAGCUCCAGGUCGCCGCCGUCAAGGCCCCCGGCUUCGGUGACAACCGCAAGAGCAUCCUGGGUGACCUGGGUGUUCUCACCAACGGUACCGUCUUCACCGACGAGCUGGACAUCAAGCUCGAGAAGCUCACCCCCGACAUGCUCGGCUCCACCGGUUCCAUCACCAUCACCAAGGAGGACACCAUUGUGCUCAACGGUGAGGGCAGCAAGGACUCGAUUGCCCAGCGCUGCGAACAGAUCCGCGGUGUCAUGGCCGACCCUACCACCUCCGAGUACGAGAAGGAGAAGCUGCAGGAGCGCCUGGCCAAGCUCUCCGGUGGUGUGGCCGUCAUCAAGGUCGGCGGUGCCUCCGAGGUUGAGGUUGGCGAGAAGAAGGACCGCGUGGUGGACGCCCUGAACGCCACCCGCGCUGCUGUCGAGGAGGGUAUCCUGCCCGGUGGUGGUACCGCUCUCCUCAAGGCCUCUGCCAACGGGCUAGGGAACGUCAAGCCCGACAACUUUGACCAGCAGCUGGGUGUCAACAUCAUCAAGAGCGCCAUCACCCGGCCGGCCCGCACCAUUGUCGAAAACGCUGGUCUGGAGGGCAGCGUCAUUGUCGGCAAGCUGACCGACGAGUUCGGCAAGGACUUCAACCGCGGCUACGAUAGCUCCAAGAGCGAGUACGUCGACAUGAUCGCCAGCGGUAUUGUCGACCCGCUCAAGGUGGUGCGCACCGCCCUGGUGGACGCCAGCGGUGUUGCUUCGCUGCUUGGCACUACUGAGGUCGCCAUCGUCGAGGCUCCCGAGGAGAAGGGCCCUGCCCCCGCCGGUGGCAUGGGUGGCAUGGGUGGUAUGGGCGGUAUGGGCGGCAUGGGCGGCGGCAUGUUCUAA